CGUCUCAAACUUUUUGUUCGAGUCCCUCUCUCUCUCUCUAUCUCUAGAGCUCUAAAUCCUCUCCCCCUCUGUGGAAUUUAUCGAAGAUGUCUGAAGCGGACGCCAGCCUCGACGACGGAGAGACGUUUCAAAGGGUUCGGCAGAGGAUCGCCGAUCGGUCGAAGAAAGUGAUUGACACGAAGGAGAUCCUAUCGAAGCAAGCGGUUCAAACUAAGAAGAUCAUAUCGAAGCAAGCGGUUAAGAUCGCCAAACAAGCGGAAGAGCACGAGAGAUUUAUCAAUAAGGUGACCCAUUUGGUGGGUGUUCUUGGAUUUGGCGCGUUUUGCUACCUAUUGGGAGCUCGUCCCCAAGAUGUUCCAUAUGUGUAUUGUUUGUUCUACGUUACGUUCGUUCCUCUUCGAUGGAUAUAUUAUCGGUACAAGAAAUGGCAUUAUUACCUAUUGGAUUUCUGCUACUAUGCCAACACAAUUUUUCUGAUUAUGCUCCUUUUCUACCCAAAGAAUGAAAAGCUCUUCAUGGUCUGCUUUUCAUUUGCAGAAGGUCCUUUGGCUUGGGCGUUGAUUGUUUGGCGUUGCAGUCUUGUUUUCAGUUCUGCUGACAAAAUUGUCAGUGUUUUAAUACAUCUGUUACCUGGGAUAGUUUUCUUUACUAUAAGGUGGUGGGAUCCAGAAACAUUUGCUGCCAUGCAUCCCGUGGGUAAAGCAGCAAGGAUAUCAUGGCCAUAUGUUGAGGACAAAUCAUAUCUAUGGACAUGGCUCUUUGUUGUUCCUUUGGUUGCUUAUACCCUGUGGCAGCUUUUGUAUUUCCUUAUUGUUAAUGUUCUUCGUCGACAGAGGCUAUUGCGGGAUCCUGAAGUCAUGACUUCUUACAGAGAACUCUCAAAGAAGGCACAGAAGGCAAACAACAUCUGGUGGCGGUUAAGUGGGCUGCUUGGUGAUCAGAACCGACCCACAAUGUACAUUUUGUUCCAAGCUGUCUUCACGGUAGCAACCCUAGCACUGACGGUCCCCAUAUUCCUGUCAUACAAGUUGCAUGUGAUAUUUCAGAUACUCAAAGUAUCAGCAACCAUAUGGAAUGGUGCAAGCUUUCUUCUUGAAGUGAUGCCGAGGCAAGUUGUUCAGAAGGAGAAGAAGAAAUCGGAGAUGAAGCCAGCGGAGGCCCAUCAAGAUCUGCCUGAAGUCGAACCUUUGAGUAACGGGGAUCACGAGGACCAACUAUCUGCUGAAGAAAACAGCUCCUGAUACAGAAUUAGACACGAUAAGCUAGUUUCUUCUAAGAUAACAGAAACAGAAGUUUUUUUUCGAAAUUUGGAGCGGAUGUGUGUUCUAUUUGGACAGAAUGUAACCGUCUCUGCUUGAAGUCAAUGUACAAAAUGUUGUUGAAGGUGGUUGUGUUGUGCCUGUGCAACCUCACUUAGUGUGAUGGCAUGAUUUCUGAGUAUUGGUUGUUUUUUGUACCCAUAUGGUCAUUAAUGCUGAUGGAUUCGUUGUUGGGUGAGAGUUCAUGUAUGGUUGUUUAUUCUUA